UGGUUAGGGGGCUCGUGAGCGCAGUUCGAUCUGUUGUCCAGGCGGCUGCGCGUGCUGCCGUACCUGGCGGUCAACGGUCAGACAUCCUGACGGUCAAACCGCCACAAACGUUAACGGCUCGUCAUUUCCCCCCCCCUUUACAGACCCCCCUCCAGUUCCCCUCCCCGACACCGGUGUCCCCUCCUCACAAGCCGGGUAGGAGAGGGGGGGUCCAGCGCGGGGCGAUAACACCGAGAAACCGACCAGCAUGGACCCCCAAACGAGGGACCGACCUAGCCCGGCUGCGGGGGGUUUCAGCGGGCGUCUGGCCACCUUGGGAGCCGACGGCGGGGACUCGGAGUCCGGAGCCGGCUCGGAGGAGGCUUCCGUGGGCUGCUGCAGCGACACGUUCACCAGCCUGCCCGACAUGGAGCAGGAGACUCUGGAGGAGAAAUUAAGGGGACUGGCGUUCAGAAAGCAGACCUCGUAUCGGAAAGCGAUCUCCCGUUCAGGCCUCCAGCACCUCGGCCCACCUCAACCGUCGCUGCCUCCUGCAUCCAACGGGCCCAACAAGGAGCUACGAACCUAUGUGGACUGGACGGAGAACGCAGUGAACGGGGAUCACCUGUGGAUGGAGACGAGUUGUUCAGGAGAGCUGUGUUAUCUCGGAGAGGACACGUGUCUGCUGAAGACCGCAAAGUCGGCCCCCAGGAGGAAAUGUGCUGCCUGUAAGAUCGUCGUUCACAACGGCUGCAUAGAACAACUAGAAAAGAUUAACUUCAGAUGCAAGCCGACCUACAGAGAGGGAGGAUCCCGCUGCCUCAGAGAUCAGAACGCGCUGAGACAUCACUGGGUUCACAGACGAAGACAAGAGGGGAAAUGUAGACAAUGUGGAAAGAGUUUUCAACAGAAGUUCUUCCACAGUAAAGAAAUCAUCGCCAUCAGUUGUUCCUGGUGUAAACAGGCUUUCCACAAUAAGGUGACGUGUUUCAUGCUGCAUCAGAUUGAGGAGCCGUGUUCACUGGGGGCCCACGCUGGAGUCAUAGUACCCCCCUCCUGGAUCAUCAAAGUCAGGAAGCCACAGAACUCACUAAAGAACUCUGCGAGGAGAAAAAAGCGGACAUCCUUCAAACGACGGACGAGCAAGAAGGGACUGGAUGAGUCAAAAUGGCGUCCGUUCAUGUUGAAGCCCCUCCCCUCUCCUCUCAUGAAGCCCAUCUUGGUUUUUGUUAAUCCCAAGAGCGGAGGCAACCAGGGUGCCAAGGUGCUACAGAUGUUCAUGUGGAUCUUGAACCCUCGACAAGUCUUCGACCUGUCACAGGGCGGGCUGCGGGAGGCGUUGGAGUUGUAUCGUAAAGUGCCAAAUCUGAGAAUCCUGGCCUGCGGAGGCGACGGCACGGUGGGGUGGAUCCUGUCCACUCUGGACGAGCUGCAGAUGAACCCUCAGCCUCCGGUCGCUGUGCUUCCUCUGGGAACGGGAAAUGACCUCGCCAGGACGCUCAACUGGGGUGGGGGUUACACAGACGAGCCGGUGUCCAAGGUUUUGUGUCACGUGGAGGACGGCUCGGUUGUGCAGCUCGACAGGUGGAACCUUUUAGUGGAGAAAAGCAUCACACAGCCGGAGGAGGGCACGCAGAAGCUGCCUCUCAACGUGUUCAACAACUACUUCAGCCUGGGCUUCGAUGCUCACGUCACCCUGGAGUUCCACGAAUCCAGAGAGGCCAACCCGGAAAAGUUUAACAGUCGCUUCCGCAACAAGAUGUUCUAUGCAGGAGCCGCGUUCUCAGAUUUCCUCCAGAGGAGCUCCAGGGAUUUGUCCAAGCACGUCAGAGUAGUGUGUGAUGGUACCGACUUAACUCCAAAGAUCCAGGAGCUGAAGUUUCAGUGCAUCGUGUUUCUAAACAUUCCCAGGUACUGUGCUGGCACCAUGCCGUGGGGAAACACAGGGGACCACCGAGACUUUGAACCGCAGCGCCAUGACGACGGCUGCAUCGAGGUGAUCGGCUUCACCAUGGCCUCACUGGCGGCGCUACAGGUUGGCGGACACGGAGAGCGAUUGCACCAGUGCAGAGAAGUCGUCCUCACUACCUACAAGACUGUACCUGUGCAGGUGGACGGAGAGCCGUGUCGCCUGUCUCCCUCCACUCUCCACAUCUCUCUCCGAAAUCAGGCCAACAUGGUCCAGAAGAGCAAGAGACGCACCUCUGUCCCCCUGCUUAACGAUAUUCAGAAGGUGUGUGCAGCUGAUCUGCGCCGCCUCUCUGCUCCCCCAGACUCCUUCUCUGUUCCUCAUGCAGUUCCUGAUCGUCUGCGUCUUCGGGUGAAUCGUAUCAGCCUGCAGGAGUACGACCGGCUGCAGUACGACAAAGAACGACUACGAGACAUCUCCAUCCCAGUAGGCAUUGUGGUGGUGAGAGGCGACUGUGACCUGGAGACGUGCAGACUCUACAUCGACCGACUGCAAGAGGACUUACACCAGGCGCCAUCUACUGACCACAGAGUGCACUAUCAGGAUGAGUGUCGAGGCGUUCCCAGGACCAGUUCGACCAGUAGACUCUCUCCAAACUGGAGCUUCCUGGAUUCCACUUCAGCCGACCGCUUCUAUCGCAUCGACAAGGCUCAGGAGCACCUCCACUUUGUGACAGAGAUUUGUCAGGAGGAGGUUUUCAUCCUGGACCACGAAGCUCCGACUGUGAGCCAGGGGUCGUCCACGGGGAUGCCUGAUCUGGUGGUGGAACCUACUGCUGGCUCUCCCUUGUCAUCAGAGGACCAAGCUCUACUUAAAGCAGCCAGCACAGGGGAUCUUACUACGCUGUCGGAGUGUGUGCAUCGAGGCGUCAGCCUGUUGGUCAGAGACUCUGGAGGUUGUUCGGCGUUACACAUAGCUGCUCGGAACGGACACACAGAGCUGGUCAGCUUCAUCCUGCAGCAGGGCUCCAAGGUGCUUCUGGAUCUGACGGACCGAGAGAAAGGGGACACUGCGUUGCACAAAGCCGCCUCAGAGAAGCAGCUGUCCGUGUGUCGUCUUCUGGUGGAGGCCGGGGCGUCGCUCCUGAAGACCAACUUCCGGGGGAAAACACCUGCUGAGGAAGCGGAGGGAGACUCGGAGCUCACCACCUACCUGAGCGCCCAACAAAACACAUCUUCUGCUCCUCAUGAGGACUUAGAGACUGCUGUCUGAGACACACACACACACACACACACACACACACACACACACACACACACACACACACACACACACACUGUGUCUCUCUGGACUCUGCACACACUCGCAGAGCAAAACAGACUUUGGAUUGAAGCUCCAGAGGAGUGACCUGCUUCAGCUCUGCAGAGGAGAUUUUAAUGCUAUUUAUUUGUAUUUAUUUAUUCAUAUUCUAUUUAUUGGUUGUGCUGAUUGAUUGUUUUGAUUGGCCGAGUGAUUGAUUGUCGGACUAUUUAACAGUUCAGGAUGUAAGUGCACUUUGAGCAGCCGCGUCAGGUGGCGAGUUCACUUGAAGACGUGUCUUUUAUUUCAGUCACAAGAAGUUUCUGCGGAGAAGAAUCACAAAGACGCACCGUGUUAUUCCAGAGCUCAUCGUUUACUCUGAGGUUUUAUAUAUUAACCCCAUGAAAUGUUUGUGCCAAAGACAUUACACUGACGCCGUGUCAGGAAAUGUUCCCAGAAUCCAUCACUGUCUCAUCAGACACCCAGGACGGAUCGCUUUUUAUACCAAAUUAUAACUUUGAUGUUUUUAUUUAUUGAGAAGCUAUAUUACCGUGUGGAAGGAGAGCUUUUAGAAAGAACAGGAUAAAACGAUUUAUUUCUAUCAUAUGAAACAUGAAAAUACAAGAAACUGCUGCAAAACAAUGACAGGCAACGAUUUAAAGUCCAAGAGUUUGAGAAAAAGUAAAAGGUUUUUUUAAGUCAGCUGGAUUACACGAGUAGCAGUCUGCACAGGGAGACUUUUCAUACAACAUGAGUAACACGUUCAGCUUUUAACGCCUCUUAAAAGGCUUCAAAUAAAAAAAACAUCAGGAGGAAGAGAACUCGUUUCUUCAUUUUUGGGGCUUUUUGUCUUUUUUGUCUCUUUUUAUUUUAGAGACAGGACAUCUGAUAGAGUCAGAAACCACAGAGAGAGAGAGAGAGGAACGACAUGCGGGAAAGGAGACACAGGUCAGACCCAGACCAGGGCCGCCCGCUUUGAGGACAUAAGCCUCCGCACAUAGGGCACACACACAAACCGCUAGGCUACCGACCCCCCUGCCGACAGAAUAUGGUUACCAGAUUUGACAAGUUUGGGUGUAAUAUUUAAUUUAGAAUAAUCAUAAAGUAUCCAAUAGGCUUGGAAAAAAAAGAAUUCAGGCUCCAGGAGCAGAUGGCUUAGCUGUGAGGCCACGUCCCAUGUACGGAGGCUGUAGUCCUCCAAGUCGACGGCACAGGUUCAAGUCCGACCUGUGGCUACUUUCCUGCAUGUCAGUCCCCCCCCCCCCCUCUCUCUUGUGUCCAAACAUCUUGGGGGGGGAGGGGGGUUGAAUCUAAACUCUCUAGUGUUGUGGCGUUGAGAAUUCAUCAUAUCCUUCAGGGCUGAACCACAUCGGAUUAUUUGGAAAGCUCAGACAUACACAAACAUACAGUAGAUCCUUGUGCAGGUGUGCAGGUGUUGUUCACGGUCAGUACAUGCAGCUUUGUUUUCAUUCUUCUGUUUACACCAAACCCCGGUUUAAAAAAAAAAAAAAAAAAAGGAUUUUAGCAUCAUGGCUAAAACAGGACAUUUCAGAUUACUGAAUAGAUUACUGAAAAUGAAUUAGUCUGAAUAUUUCACCGUGUGUCUGGUACUCCUGACUCGACCAAGCUCCUAACAUGCUGUGUGUGUGAGUGUGUGUGAGUGUGUGUGAGUGUGUGUGUGUGUUAUAAUAUGGCCCAUUCCAUAUCAAACCUGAUUAGAGAAGUUGAUGUAAGGUGAAACAGUCUGCUCUCAGUGCAGUGUGACCAUGAAUACAAACUGUGUGGUGAUAUAACUGUGUGUGUGUGUGUGUGUGUGUGUGUGUGUGUGUGUGUGUGUGUGUGUGUGUGUGUGUGUGUGUGUGUGUGUGUGUGUCAUUUAUCCAAGAAAAAGAGGAAGAAGAAUCUGAGCCAUAUUCAAUGCAAUAUGAAUGAAGCGAUGACGUCUUUUUGCUUUCCUCUCUGAUCGUUUACAUUACAUUAAUGUUUUGAACGUCGUUGGCACCGAGGAGUAUCGAAUGUGCAGUUUUACUUCAGUGCCGGUUGGUUCCAUGAUUGUGUCGGGGGUUUUUUUUUCGUUUUUUGUGCAUGUUUGUCGAUGCAUCGACCUUUUAAACAAACCCUGUGCUCUCUUUUUUCUAUAACCUGUUGUGAACUACAUCUAAACAUAAAGCAGUGACGACUCUCGCCGAGGAUCUGCAGAGAUGUCGAGAGUCGUUAUGUAAGGUCUGGUUUUAUAAGUACAGUAACACAUGUAGUCCAGUUUCAGCCUUUUUGACCAGUCGUUAGCUUUCAUUUGUUAAUUUCAUCCACGCUCCAGUUAUUUUAUCUUUACUACUCAAACCUGCGCAAGGAAAAAACUCAAGUCAAACCUGUGAAAAUCUGCAGAAAUAAACAAAUCUGAGCUAGUCAUUUACAUAUCCCCUUUUGUCAAUCAGGUCUUUCUCAACAUGACAGACAACGCCCUGCUGACUCAUUCCUGACAUUAGUCUACAUCUAAACCUCCCAGAUUGUUUUUUUUCUAGUGAAUUUUCUCCACAAAUGUUUCUGAUGCAGGACUCUUCCUGCGGCUGAGACCUUCCUCUGAGUGUGUGGACGCUUUAAAAAAAAAAAAAAGAAGUAGAAGGAGAAGAUUUGAGUGCACUCUCUGUGUGUCGAUAUUUCCUAAGAAGUGACCGAGGUUAAAGCUGGGCCCGCUCUGAUCCACACACACACACACACACACAAACGCACACACACACACACACACACACACACGCUUCUCAUCACUCAGAAACACGACUGUGUAUCAAACUGUGUCUCAUCAGCGUUGGUUAUGCAUGAUAGUUUUCUUACCUCUCUGGAUUAUUUAAAAAAGACAAAAAGGCAUUAUUGUUGUUUCAACUAUUAAAUGAAUAUAAAUGAUUUCUACCUGAGUUCUCUCUGAGGUUCAACAUGUGUUUGUUUCUUUUUCUUCUGCUUUUGUAUUUUUUAUUUCUCUGCUGCUGAUGAUGAUGAUGAUGAUGAUGAUGAUGAUGAUGAUGAUGGGAUUACUUGAAGUUUGUUGUAUUAUUUGAUGACUUUGUUAAAAGAAGAUGUGAUGCAGUAGUUUUUGCCUCCGGCCUUGUGUCUGUCCAUCGAAUGUUUG